AGUGCGAAUUUUGUUGGCAGCUGCUUCCUCAAUGGCUUCUUUUUUCAACAAAUUCCAAAACGCAGUGAGAACUUUUGCACGAAGCCCCAGUUUUUCUAGAGACCCAAGGAGACUCCAAUUUGAAGCUGACAUCAAUCGCCUUUUCAUGUAUACAAGUUACAAUAGUUUGGGAAAUAAUGCGGAUGAGGCUGAUGCAGAUCAGAUCAUUGACAUGGCUACUAAAGCCUCUUUUGAUGACCAACAGAAGCAAGUGCAAGAAAAUAUUCAUUACCAAAUUAAAAGGUUUUGCACUUCCAUGGAUGAAAUUCUUAAUGAUGUCAAUGAGCCGCCCCAAGAAUCGCAAUCAAAAGUUACUCCUUCCCGAAGUGGUCUUAGUUUGGCUGUUGGAAAGAAUUCCCCGACUCCUAACCAUCCCGCUGUUCCAAAGACACGGCCAUUAAAACAUGCUGAACUCUCGCAGAAGUUGAAGGACUCCAUUGGCUACACUCUUGAUGUCAAACCGUCUCAGAUCCCCCACAGUGAAGCCGGACAAGGUUUAUUUCUGAAUGGUGAAGCUAAUGUCGGUUCUGUAAUUGCCAUAUACCCCGGUGUUAUAUAUUCUCCAGCUUAUUAUCGAUACAUUCCUGGAUACCCGAGAGUUGAUGCACAAAACACAUAUCUGAUAACAAGAUAUGAUGGAACUGUCAUCAAUGCCCAACCUUGGGGUUAUGGAGAUGAAACACGAGAAUUAUGGGAUGGCUCAAAGACACUAGAUACAAGUCCCAACACGAAUGUGAUGGAUAAAGGCUCGGACCGGUUUUGGAAAAUGCUUAGUAAGCCUUUGGAGAGCUCACGAGUGUGGAGUGGUGGUGAAGCAUUGGAACGUAGAAACCCUUUAGCUUUUGCCCAUUUCGCCAAUCACCCUGCUAAAGAAAUGGUGCCGAAUGUGAUGGUCUGCCCUUACGACUUCCCGCUGACCGAAAAAGACAUGAGGACUUACAUUCCGAACAUAUCAUUCGCAAAUGCCGAAGAAGCAAGCAUGAGGAGAUUUGGUAACUUCUGGUUCAAAUGGGGUUCACACAAUAGCGAGUCGAAUGGUCCUGUUUUGAGGACUCUUGUUUUGGUGGCUACUACAUCACUUUGUGAUGAAGAAGUGCUGUUGAACUACAGGUUAAGUAACUCGAAGCGAAGACCGUCGUGGUAUACUCCUGUCGAUGAAGAGGAGGAUCGACGGAGAUGGAGUUAAAUUCAGGGUGAUGAGGUAUUGAAAAAUGUCGGACAAUGCAAGGGAAAAAUGAAAAUCCAGUCAGUGUAGAGGCUUUGAUAAUUUUUCAUGUAGUCCCAUUUAUUAUCUCGAUGUAGGCCAUGGAUUUUUUUUUUUACAUGAGAUUUGAAUGUUUGGACGAAAGAGUACUUAAAAUGCGUUGUAAUAAUUCACUUAGAUGUGGGCAUGUGUUGUUAUUGUGACAACUG